AUGGCAUUCGGAACGUAUCCCAUCAAGGGUCUCCCGGUGCCAACUGGCGGGCCAAUUCCCCAGCGAGAGGAGAUCACGGCCUGGCGCAACAACCCUAAAAAUGCCAUUAAGGUUUCACUGCUCAUACAGGCCUUGAACAUUUUCCAGACCAUGGACCCAGACGACAAGCUCUCCUAUUACCAGGUGGCUGGAAUUCACGGUCUGCCAGCUCAGUCUUGGGACACCGACCCCGCCCCCAACAAGAAGAAGAAGUUGCCCAUCAACAGCACGCCCCAGUUCUACUGCCCCCAUGGAUCUCUCAUCUUUCCUACCUGGCACCGAGCCUACCUCGCUCUCUUCGAGCAGUUGCUCAAUGGGAUCAUGGAAGAGCAGAUUCUCCCUACGAUUGCUGACAACGUCGUGCGUGAAGUCUGGGCGUUGGAGGCCCAAAAUUGGCGCAUGCCUUACUGGGACUGGGCCGCGCCUCAAGAGUAUAUUCAGUCCUGCGGAGUACCCGAGAUCGUGUCCCAGCCCGACAUCAAUAUCAUCUCUACAGGAGGUGCUCUGCAGACGGUACCGAACCCCUUGUACAAGUUCUCAACUUCCGUCAUCAGUAAGUUCAAGGGGACUACACCUGUCAUGGGCAAUUCGAUUGCGUUUGGCAACUGGGCAAUUCUAAAAGAUCAUGCGUUCUCUGAGUGCUCGGGCACCAGCCGUUAUGGGAUCACCAACAAAAAAACUCCGACACCGCAAGAAGCUUUAGGCGUUGAGAACAACGGCUUAGUUGCCAAUGCUCUCGAAAUACCCCAAUGGGUCAAGAUGGAGCAAGAAACUGGGAAAAAAUUGGAUCCUGAUAUGAAGGGAUCUCUUCAAGACCAAGUCCACCGCCUCUUGACUCAAGGGUACUUCGCAAACUAUGCCACUUUUGCUACUACUGAAUAUGGCGACAACGAUCUCAACCCCCCUCCUGCUACCGGCUGGUCGUCUCUCGAGUUCCUCCACAACUGCAUUCAUGUCUGGACCGGUGGAGAGUACGCUAGCCCAGGUAUGGGCCACAUGUCUGACCUCACGGUUGCCGCGUUCGAUCCAAUCUUUUGGCUGCACCAUUGUAAUGUUGACCGGCAACUGGCUAUCUUCCAGAAGCUCAACCCGGAACAUUGGUUUGACGGAGGAUCUCCAAUAAAAGACGAGACAGCAGAUGGUCCUCUGCACCCGUUCCAUUCUGAUACAAACGCCACCCUCAUUACGUCGAACCUCGUGAAGGACAUCACGAGUUACGGCUAUACGUACGACAACCUCAACGUUCCUGUUGACGAUUUGAAGAAAGCCAUCAAUGAGAAGUACGGCAGCCUUCGAAAGCAUCUCGACAAGAACCCUGAUCUGGACGGACGGACGAAUGACUAUCUCAUCAACGUCCAGUACGACCGGGCGUCGCCCAGUCAUAUUGGCAGCAUCCACUCUUUCUCAACUGACUACUGGACUGCCGGCAACAGGAACGGAGUGGACUGUCAAAACUGCCAGAGUCAGCAGGAAAAGGGAGUCAAGGCCAAGGCGCAGAUUCCCAUCACCUUGGAGCUGUUGUUCCGCGCUGUGAGCCGUGAUGACUUGUGGUCGGACCUGAGGAAUCUCGAGUCCGAUCAUGUUCAGCAGUAUCUCGAGCAGCACUUGAAAUGGGUUAUUGUUGCUGUGCCGGGAGAUGUUAUCCCAACGGAGAAUCUCCCAGGUCUCAAGGUCGUGGUUCACGCAGGCAAGGGCCACCACCCGGAGGACACGACUCAACCGUCCAAAUUUCACAGCUAUAGGCCGAUGUGGAGUGUCACACACGGCAAGACCGGCGGAGCGCGGCACGAGGAUAAUGUCGUGCAUCCUGAUGAGCUUCAGGGCUAG